UGCCCCCCGGCGCCGGGACCCUCGGGCCGCUCGCCCGGGCCGGGGCGGAAGGGCUGGAAUUCCCUCCCGAGGGAUCCCGGGCCGCAGAGGUCUGUGUGCCGAGCUGCUUUUCCAUCACCCUGGAAAUCCCCUUGCUCCUCUUCUUCUGGGGCUGUGCCAUAGCUGAGCUGUUGGGAUAAUGGAGCUCCAGGCUGUGGUGUCCACGCUGGAAAGUGGGGAGCAGGACACGGUUCUCAAGGUGCUCCAGGUCUACAACCAAGAGAAAUCUCAGUGCUUCAUCUUUGAGGAUGAGGAGCGGGAAGAGAGGAAGAAAAUGGCCCAGCUGCUGAUCAAGUUCUUGGAGAGGGAGCUGCAGCCAUCCUGCCAGGUCACCUGCCUGGAGAGCAUCCGCAUCCUGUCCCGGGACAAGCACUGCCUCGACCCUUUCACCACCAAGGAAGGCCUGAAGACCCUCUCCAGGCACGCCGGCAUCGAUUACUCUGAGGAGCUCAUCCGGGAGGUCCCAGACUUGGAUGUAAUCCUGGAAUCCCUGAAAUGCCUGUGCAACAUAGUGUUCAGCAGCGCCAUGGCGCAGGAGCUGACGGCGGAGGGGCGGCUGGUGGUGGGGCUGGCCCGGCGCAUCAAGCUCUACAAUGAGCGGAGUCUUCCUCACGACAUCAAGUUCUUCGACCUGCGCCUGCUGUUCCUGCUGACGGCCCUCAGGGUGGACAUCCGGCAGCAGCUCGCCCAGGAGCUCCGGGGAAUCAGCCUCAUGACAGACACCCUGGAGCUGACCCUUGGGGUCAAGUGGUUGGACCCGUAUGAAGUUGCCACAGAGGAGGGACUUCUCCCACCUUUGCCUCGUCAGGAGACGGAGCGAGCCAUGGAGAUCCUCAAAGUGCUCUUCAACAUCACCUUUGAUUCCAGCAAGAGGGAGGUGGAUGAGGAAGAUGCUGCUUUGUACAGGCACUUGGGUGCCCUCCUGCGCCACUGCCUCAUGAUCUCUGCCGACGGCGAGGACCGCACCGAGGAGUUCCACAGCCACACAGUCAACCUGCUGGGCAACCUGCCCCUGAAGUGUCUGGAUGUGCUCCUGACUCCCAAAGUGCGGCCGGGCUCGCUGGAGUACAUGGGUGUCAACAUGGAUGCGGUCAGCAUCCUCCUGGACUUCCUGGAGCGGCGCCUGGACAGGGGCCACAAGCUGAAGGAGAGCUUGACCCCUGUGCUGAACCUGCUGACGGAGAGUGCCCGAGUCCACCGGCAGACCAGGAAGUUCCUGAAGGCCAGGGUGCUGCCGCCGCUGCGGGAUGUGCGGAACCGGCCGGAGGUGGGGAAUUCCCUGCGGAACAAGCUGGUGAGGCUCAUGACACACAUCGACACCGACGUCAAGCACUGUGCCGCCGAGUUCCUGUUCGUGCUCUGCAAGGAGAGCGUGUCCCGGUUUGUGAAGUACACGGGCUACGGGAAUGCCGCCGGGCUGCUGGCGGCGCGGGGCCUCAUGGCCGGUGGCCGGGAAGAGGGGGAGUACUCGGAGGAUGAAGACACAGACACGGAGGAGUACAAAGAGGCAAAGCCCAACAUCAACCCUGUGACAGGACGCGUGGAGGAGAAGCUGCCCAACCCCAUGGAAGGGAUGACGGAGGAGCAGAAGGAGCAUGAAGCCAUGAAAUUAGUCAACAUGUUUGACAAGUUGUCCAGGGAGAAGGUGAUCCAGCCCAUGGGCAUCACUCCAAGUGGCAACCUGGCACCCAUGGAGAACGCCAUCCGCAACAUCGCCGACGAGCGCUCGUCCUCCGACUCGGACCUGGGGCUGGACUGACCCAGCUCCCACCCAGCCACGGAGAGCCGGGCUCCAGCCGCUCUCCCUCAGAACUGGUGCUUCACCCAGGGGCUGGCACUGCACCAGGACUCUCUCUGUGGGAUCUGGAUCCAGCCUGGGCCCCUCACAGCCCACCACAUGGAACACCUGCCUCCUUCCCAGCUCCAUAGCCACCUCUCCUUCCAGAGGUCUCCGUGACCUGGCUCCACCUCGGUCUCUCCUGUCAGCAGCCUUGAGGAUUUCACACUCCAAAUUGCUUCCAGGACUCUCCAGUAGGAUUUUUGGUUUUUAAAUAUGUGCUGUUUGGGAAGAAGGGUUAGGGGGAGGCUCUUCCUGCCACUGUGUCAGGGUUCAAUGAUCCUUGAGGCCUCCUGUGUGCACGUGGCUGUGCGUGUGCCCGGUCCCAGCAUGGGGGCUACUCCCCAGGAAUGCUGUGGGAAGGGGGGCUGCCAGAGAGGGGUGUGGGUCUCCAGUGGGAGUGGGAUCCGCAGGGCAUGGUGCAGGCGGCUGUAUCCAUGUCCAUGCACACCCAGAAUGUGUGGGUGAGCAGAGCAGAGCCAGGGAGGCCUUGGAAGCUUCCAGCAUUCCAUUGGCCGCAGGAGAGAGCACGCGGGCAGCUGCCGGGAACACUCCGAUGUCCCUUCCCUGGCACCACCCAGCUGGGUUUGGGCACUCACCUCUCCCCACCUCCCACUUUCCAGACAAAAGGCCAAUACCUGUGCUUUGUCCUUGGCUCAUCCUUGCUGUCCCCAGGUCGCUGUGUCCCACAGGGGCUGCUGUUGAGCCUGGUGUAGAAUUGUCUUUAUUUUUAUUCCUGUUUUCUUUGGAAAGUAAAUCUUCUCAUCUGUCUCAUGUAUCUGAGUUCCCAAACCUCCCGUCAUGAGUAGGAAUGCACAAGUGACGCCAGAAUAAAGCCAACCUGACAUGUGG